AUGUCGUCUUCUCUCGAGGCCAAAAUAGUCGUUCUCGGCUCCCAGGGCGUCGGCAAAACAUCCCUCGUGACGCGCUUCUGCAAGGGUGCCUUCAACCCGGCCCAAAUCACCUCGACCGUUGGCGCCAGCAUGAUGACGAAGCGCGUUAUCGACACUGAUACCGAUACCGUGGUGCGAUUACAGAUUUGGGAUACUGCUGGCCAAGAACGUUUCCGCUCCAUCUCCCGUCUCUACUACCGCGGCGCCAAUGCCUGCAUCCUAUGCUACUCCAUCACCGACGCCGCCUCCUUCGCCGAGAUGGGCAUGUGGCUAACCGAACUACGGCGCAACCUGCCUCAGGACAUAGUCCUGCACGUCGUCGGCACCAAGGCUGACAUGGUCGCCCGCGACCCUUCCAAGCGAGAAGUGCCCUUUGAGCGCUGCAUCGCAUAUGUAGCCGAAAACCUGAACCCGGGCGUGGGAUCGACGCCACCACCUACGGCCACGCCGUUAGGGAUGCCGGGGGUAGGGGGAUCUUUAAAUUCAAAUAGUGGUGGUGGUUUAGGAGGCACCGAACCCCGCUCCCCCAGCUCCAAACGCAGCUCUGGCUUUUGGGGCCAAGAAGUCGGCUGGGACGCCUGCCAUGAGAUCUCUGCGGAAUCAGGCGAAGGCGUGGAAGAAGUCUUUCGCGUGGUUACUCGCAAACUGGUGGAACAAAAUCGCAGGAUGCAGCAGGCUUUGUUGGCUGCCGCUGCUACACCUGGUGGUGGUGGUGGUGGUGCGGGGGGGAACGGACUGCCGGGGUACUUCGAUCUGAAUCCUAGUGCGACAAUUAGGGUGGGGAGGGAUAGGAGAAGCUGGUUAUUUAGUCCGGGGAUCUUGUCGACGCCGGGGAUAUUGCUGCCUGGGGGAGGAGGGGAUGGUGGAGGGGUAAAUGUGGGAGGGGAGCAGCAGAUGGGUGAUGAUGGUAGGAGAGGUGGGAAGGGAAAGUGCUGUUGACGUCUUUGCUCGCCCCUCCGAGGUCAAGAUUCUGGUACUUGACGUCUCUGCUCUGUCUUGAAGAAAAGAAAGAGGAGGAAAAGCGGGAAGAAGAAGAUGGAUGGAUGGACGUAUGCGUGUCUAUCAUGAUGAUACCCAUGAUUUUACGGAAACGAUACAGUCUUUUUUCUUUUUG